AUGCGCAGGUUAGACAAAGUCCUUAUUACAUAUUCUCGCCACAUAUGCACUCUUUCAACGCCCAAUCUCAAUUCCAUGAUUAACACUUACUUUCAACAAAAUUGCAUUAACCAUGCACGUAAACUGUUUGAUCAAAACCCCUCGUCCCGAAACGUCGUCUCUUGGAACACAAUGAUCAAUGGUUAUGUUAAGAACCACCAAAUGCAACAUGCCCACGACUUGUUCGAUGAAAUGCCCAUGAAAGACGUGGUUUCUUGGAACACCAUGCUAUCAGGUUUUCACAAGACUAAAAAUCCAGAAGCAGUGUAUUUAUGCCUUGUACAAAUGAGAAGGGUUGGUUUUAGACCCAAUGAGUAUACUCUAUCUAUAGUGAUUAGUGCAUUUUUGGACUCAGUGUUCAAUGUCUUAGUCUCACAAAUUCAUGCUCAUGCCGUCUGUUUGGCGCUUAAUAUGAGUGUUUUUGUUGGGUCUGCAUUGAUGAGAGGAUACGCAAAUGUGGGGAAUCAGGUGGGUUUAUGUAGAGUGUUUGAGGAUAUUUUGGUAAAAGAUGUCACAUCGUGGAAUGCAUUGGUUUCCGGUUAUAUGGAAUUGGGUUGCAUGGUUGAGGCUCAGGGAGUCUUUGAUGCGAUGCCUGAGAGGAAUAUAGUCUCUUGGACUAGUUUGGUAAAUGGGUACAUUUGCAAUAAGAGGAUAAAUGAAGCUCGGUCUGUUUUUAAUAAAAUGAGUGAAAGGAAUGUGUUUUCAUGGACUGUAAUGAUUAGUGGCUAUGUGCAAAAUCAGAAAUUUAUGGAUGCAUUAGAACUUUUUAUCUGGAUGUUGAAAUCAGGGUGUCAGCCUAAUCAUUUUACUUUUUCAAGUGUGUUAGAUGCAUGUGCUGGGUGUUCUUCUCUUAUCAUGGGACAGCAAGUUCAUUCUAGCAUUUUAAAGUCUGGAGUACCGGGUGAUGACAUCUUGUCAACCUCAGUGGUUGAUAUGUAUGCAAAAUGCGGGGACAUUGAAGCGGCAUUUAGCUUUUUUGAGUCCAUGCCAAAUAAGAAUUUGGUGUCAUGGAAUUCAAUAAUAGGAGGUUUUGCUAGGCAUGGAUUAGCAAUAAGAGCAUUGGAGGAGUUUGAAAGAAUGAUAAAGUUUGGUGUUAGGCCUGAUGAAAUUACAUUUGUCAACGUGUUAUCAGCAUGUGGGCAUGGAGGGUUGAUUGCAGAAGGUGAAAAGUACUUCAACUCCAUGGUUGAGUACACAAUAAAAGCAGGAGUGGAGCAUUAUGCUUGCAUGGUAGAUCUCUAUGGGAGAGCGGGUAAGCUCGAGAAAGCAGAGAAAUUUAUCAAAGAAAUGCCUUUUGAGCCUGAUGUUGUCGUAUGGGGUGCAUUGCUUGGUGCAUGUGGGUUGCAUUCAAACUUGGAACUUGGUCAGGUUGCUGCAGAGAGGAUUUGCAAAUUGAAAAACAAUCAUCCUGCAGUGUACUCAAUGCUUUCAAAGAUUCAAGGUGAAAAGGAAGAAUGGAGCAGUGUAAUUGAGUUCAGGGAAAUGAUGAAAGAGAGGCAUGUUAAAAAGCAGAAGGCAAGUAGUUGGGUUGAGUCUCCUUUUGGUGACAGAUGACAAAAUGACAGAAAUGUUUCUAGUAAAGUCAUCUUUGCUACCAAAUUAUUCAACCAAAGAUCUUUCCACACAACAAAAUCUUUUAAAAUGAUGUCUUCUUCAACAAGAAAUGAAUUUUCAACAUGCAUCACAAGGGAUAAGAAUUUUUCUUUAUGAAGUUGCUCAACAAGAUACCAAGUGCAAAGAUGGUUGAUGUCUCAGUUACAUCUACUGCAGCAGAAACCCUAUGAUCUGAUGAAAAAUUAAAAUAAAUUAGGAUAGAGUCAACAGACGGAGCAUAAAAUAGAACACAAAUUGUGGGAUAGAGGAUUUGUAUUUCCCAAAACGAUGAAUGGUGCAAGUCUUUGGCAAAAUUUGGGUACAUAUCUCUAAUGAAAGUGAAAUGAUGAGCUUGGAUCAACUUAUUAUUGACUGAACUCUAAAUGGCAGAAAAGUUAUUACGCAGUUACAUCCAAGUGGUUGGACUAUAAUUCUUUGUUAUUAAUAGUAAAGUGGCAUUGCUGCAUUCGUGGGUGGCCGUGGGCUGGCUGCUUGCUGUAUGCUUGGGCUGUUGUCAGUGGAAUGCAGCGAUGGCUUGCAGCAUGCAUGAGUAACCAUGGAGUGUUGCCAGCAGCAAGCACGCAUGGCUUGCUGCACGCGUGGGUAGCCAUGGCUUAGUGCCAGCAGGCUAUGCCGUAGAUCAAGAACUGACCAACAAAGAUGUCAUAGUUAAAGAAGCAUGUGAGAAGAUUAAGGCCACUAAAUAAAGAAUGAACUGGAUCUACUACUUCAAGCACCGAGAGGAGUUUGCAGUAGGGGACAUGGUGUAUUUCAAGUUGCAGCCUUAUAUACAACUCUCAGUGGCAGUUAGAAGCAUCAUCAUGUCGUCUGCUAGAUAUGUUGGUACAUUCAAGAUUUUGCAUAGGGUUGGGCCAAUGGCUAAGUUGGAUUUGCCUGUUGAUGCACACAUUCUCCCCAUAUUCCAUGUCUAGCUUCUUAAAAAAAAUUGGAAAACACUAUCAGUUCCAACAACCUUUACCAGCCGUAGGUGCCGAUGAAGGAACAUGAAUGCCCUGGCCUAUGGUUGAUUGGUUGUUCUCAACCACAGAACUUGUAGUAGGAAACAAGUAGUCUUGAUUCUCUGGCAAGGGUUGUCCCCUGCUGAUGCUACCUGGGAAGAACAAGUCCUCAUUCAACAACAAUUCUUGAUUUUCUGCUUAAGGACAAGUAUAGGUCUCCCAGGGGAGGGGAGAUAUAACAGUUCAAGUGGCAGGAUAUUUGGGUUACAUUAUCAUUUAUUUUAAUAAUGGUUAGCUAGUUGAGAGAUAAGCUCCUUAGUUUUAGUUAGUUGAAUCGGUAGUGGUUUGUUAGUUAUGUAACAUAUGUUCCUACUUUGUAAUAGUUUAACUACUCCAGAAAUAAAUGAGAUCAUUGCACUCUGUUAUACA